AAUGCUGACAGUGAGAUUAUAGACGCGGCACUGCAACUUUGACGGCGGACAAAAGGUAGUGUAGGUGCAUUUUUACCCGCUUUGUGAUCAACGCCAUGAUUAACAAGUCGAAACAUGGAUACGAGGAGGAAAAACCGCUUCUCGUUUUGUCGCUGGAUUCGGAAAACCUGAGACUUUAUCAACCCGAAUGUGAAACGGCAGUGACGAAAGGAGCUGCAAAUUAUCUGGGCCGAUGGCCUGGCCACGUAUUUGCAGCAUUCGUUUCUGGAUUUAUGGUUCUAGCGACUUUUGUACUCUUCGGAAUUGUCACGGUGACGUUCACAAUUCCUUCGAGCGAAAAAUGCCGAAUAUCCGGAAACAACGAAGCCGACGAAGUGCCGAACGUUUAUUUCAUAAAACACGAAAAUCGCACGUGGAAUACAAAGGAAUUAUGUUACAUCGAGAACACCGCCAGAAUCCACGAAAAUCUCAGUGUUUACCUGAUCAACUUAUUGUCCGGGAAAGAGAUCGAGAAGAAUCUAACCGAACCAUUGAAUCAACUUCGUCAAAUGAUGGACGGAAGAAACUCUCACGUGAUUCCAACAUCCUUGGAUAACCUUUUAAGCCAGUACAUGACCGAACCUCGUGUGACGAAAGGAGCGUCAUCGGAUAAAAAGAUGAGGAAAAAAUUGACGAGUUCGUUGGCUAACGUAAAAAACAUCGAAGUGCCAAUCGGACGAUUAUUCAACGGAUCAAGAUUGGCAAAUGUCUGUAAUCAUCUCAGUAAAGAAAUGCUUGAAAUGGCAGCGAGAGCGUACGUGCUGUGGAAUUUUCCCGGUGUGGCAUUGGACCCGGAGUUUAGUCCGAACUUGGAAUCGUUGAAAGAAUAUCUGUGCAGGGAUGAUGGCGGUUUGAAUGCCUGCGCCGCAAAGGACAGCGUCGCUGCAAUCGAGCCAAACGGAGAUGUUCAGGCUGCUUCCGUUCCCUGUCAGGCCUUCAUCGGUUACCUGAUCCGGCAAAUAGCGGCAAAAGGCUCCCCGGAUCAACGAAGAGUGAUGCAAAAGGCGAUAAACAAUUUCUGCCCCAAAUCCUCGCGGUGUUCGGGAGUGAAGAUAUUGGAUCCCUUAGACUCACUGACUGGAGGAUCAUCAUCGAUGGAAAAUUUAAACUGCCCUACGAUACUUUCGACAAAUAAGGAUGCAGCGAAUAAGACUUUAAGAAAAAUGCUUGCAGCAACAUCGAGCGGUUCACGAGUAUUUAGAAGUGCGUAAGUUUUUCUAAAAAUUAUCAGAACGCGAAGAAUAAUUCUAUAUUACAUAAUAAUGUAUCCACAU